CCACUUGCACAAUGGUUUAUUGUUGUUGAGAAGAACGCAAGGCCACAUAGCGGGGCCUACGAGUAUUCGAUUGUAGGGAGCGAUCACAUCCAUGGGUUUGAAGGCAAAACCCGCUUGCCGGAAUCACAUUGGCACUCCGAACACCUGCCAUCCAGCUGCUAAUUGCGAACACGACCGAGCAAAGGGCAGCCUCAUGCAGUAGAAACCUUGUAGAUGGGUUUCUCGGCUUCGCUCUCCCUUUCUCAUCUGCAUUGUCACGAUUGUCAGUGCGGCCUACGUUGCGAUGGCGCACAAACCGUUUCAUCAAACAUCGCCGGUGAAGAGGAAGUCGCUCCAUCGAAACUCAAGACACAGCAGUGGAUUCAACGAUGGCGCCUUGGAUGAGGACGCGUUCCCGAUGAUCUCAUUCGAUGCCAGAUCCUCCUCGACUCUGCCUGCUUUUCCAGAUCCCAACCAUACGGACACGACAUACGAGCCCCAAGAGCAUCUCAAUUUGCCAAGACUGACACAAAAUCAGUGGCACGGCGCCAGCCAACAAUGGGUGGGAGGCAGUCAUAUUUCCGAGGUGUCUUCCCUUGCAGAUGGAUGGGACGAAUCUGUAUCUUCUAACAAGGCCCAAUUUGUCUCGCAAAAUGAGAUCCCCCCUUACAAUGAGACGCAUAUGUUUCCGCGGCCGUGGAACCCAAAGUGGCUGCGCAGGCCAAUUCUGUUCGGUUUCAUCCUACUCUUUUUAGUCCUCGUCGCCGGGCUGGUUAUUCUGUGGCGUUUUGCAGAAAUCAGGCAUGGAAUUAGGACCGCUAUCACGAGCAAUCAUUAUGCAUGGACUUAUGGACCGACUGCGCUCUUCGUCUUGGUAGGAGUGCCCUGGAGACAAGUCGACUUCCACUGCCGGACUUUGGCACCAUGGGCGCAUCUUCGGGGCGGCCCAGCUUCAGCAAAGGAAUCUCUGCUCCUGGACUAUGUCUCUCCUCCUUUACCCAUGGCUCUGGUAAAGGCUGCUUCAACCCAUGAUUGGGCUGUUGUGGCGAGUGGUAUGGGCUUGUUGUUGCUGCGAAUUGUCAACGUCUUCAGCACCGGCCUGCUUGUACUUACACCGACCUCGGAUUCCAAAACCCUUCCCGAUGUCAUCGUGAGCUCAAAAUUUGCGGGGACAAAUUAUACAGUUGGACCCUCGGUUAUCGACACCGAACUGAUGCAAUUUUAUGGUAUAACAGAACGAGGGCUAAACUAUCAAUACGGCACGUCAGCAAGUGUCGCUUACGAUACUCUUGACUUACAAUCCCUUCCCACAAACUCGACUGUGACAGCGACGGUGGACGGCGUGUUCCCGUUCUUCAACUGCGAAGUGGUGACACCUGAAAUUAUUGGCAACAACUUCACCUGGAGCAACGACGGCGAAUAUCCGUACGGAGACAAACUAGAAUUGAGGCUGACUUUGUCUUCUGCCAAGUGUCCUCCUUGGGUAUCUUAUUACGAAUUGUGUCAAGCACCUGAAUGUCCCGUUGGACGAUCUCUCAUCUCUAACGAAUACUGGGGUCCGAAUUCGCCCCCGGGAGACGAUCUCGAUCCUUGUUCCGCCUACUAUACGCUCAGUCUGAUUGAUAUUACGUUCGAAGAGGUCACGGGACACGCAAAAAAUACUAGUGCUGCAUGGAACGUGACCUUGGCCGAGUCAGUUGGCAUUGUCUGUCCUCUGGGAUACACGAUCGACAAGGUCAACAUCACGGUCAACACUGCAGAUCCCACCUCGAGUGGGGGAGUCAACACCACGGGUCCCCUGCAGCGCAUAGCAGAUGUCCUUCCUGGAUACUCGUAUUACAAUCUGACUACAGCUUUCCAGAAUGAAGUCAACGUAAAUAGCCUUCCACCUACGCCGGAGGCUCUGAACGUAUAUUCAUUUGCCAGAUUCUUUGCCAUCCUUGCUGGUGGCUCCGCGGUUGAUUUAUUGAAUACAACCAAGUUGAAAACCACAGCUGAAACAGCGUUCAAGGGGGUAGGGGUUCAACUCGCCCACUCAUACCUACGCAAGAAGGACAACGCAACGACUACGGCCAAUGUCUUAUACCAGGAACCGAGGCUCCAAGUCCGGGAACUAAGCUUGUGGGCCAUGAUCGCAGGAUGUGUGUUACUAGCACUUGCUGCUGCCGCCGUUCUCCAAUGGCGCACAAAGGACGUCGUCUCGCGCGAGCCCAACUCUAUUGGCGCUCAAGCAACUAUACUUGCUGCUAGUCCUGCGCUCCAGAAGUCAUUAGAGACAGCCCCAGGCUGCUCAGGUGUGCGAUCCGAAACUCACCUACAGGAUCUAGUUGCGGCGUCUCACAUCAACAGCGAACGUCCAACCCCCGAAUUCUCCAUCACAACCACCGUGCCGGAGGGAAGUCAACGAAGACUAACGGAUGGUCCCAGCAAAUAUUCUUGGUGGGAAACCAGCUCUUCCAAUCUCUGGUUCAUGUCCGCGGCUCUCGGGCUACCGCUUGCCGUCAUCGCAAUUUUGGAAGUCUUGCAACGCGAAUCAAAUGCCCAUAAUGGGCUGGCCACCGUUUCUGACUCUCCCAUCGAUCGUUCGCUACCAAACAUUCUCGCUUCAGUCGUUUUGAUAUGCAUCGCAAUCAUGUACGAUGCCAUUGAUUUCGCUACAGCGACGCUCGCGCCGUAUCAGACGCUGGCUCGAGGAAGUGCGCCCGCGAAGCAGACACUGCUGAGAACGUCUUCUGGAAACCUCCCAAUCUGGUCCACCUUAAAAGCAAUCCGUGAGCGCCAUACGGAAGCUGCCGUAGCAUCAAUGGCCGCCCUCGUUGGCAGUUUGCUGACAAUCAUUGCCUCGGGCCUCUACACGAUCGAGGCUGUCCCAGUGGUACUCGACGUUGCCGUCAUCACGUCCGACAAAUUUGUGCCCUCAUUUGGCACUUCAACAGAUGGAUCGGCUGGCGCGAUUUUCACCCUCAUUGAACAGAACAACGUGUCUUACCCAGCACUCACGUACGACGGAUUAGCAUAUCCCAACAUCCAGAUGUCUAGCUUGGGAGCAGAAGCCCUGAAACAGCUGAGCGAUUCUGCACAGGCAGUGACGCUUCAGGCCAACAUUGUAGCCAUGAGGGCAUCGCUCAACUGCACUUUGGUGCCCAGAGAGAAUAUGAUCAUGACGAUGUAUUCGGAACCUAGCGUGCAUGUGGAUCCAAGCUGCCGAGACAACAACAUCACGUUUCACGCGGACUUGCCUCCAUCGUGUCCUCACUUCUUGAACGGGGAAAAUCAGACCGCGACCAACAUUCCGUUCUCGGCCUAUGUACAGCAUACCUGCGAUGGCGAGGCUGGUCUUGCUAUUCACGAGCAAGUGGUUCUCAACAACCAGGGCGCAAUGGGCGACUCGACCGCCGUCACCAGCGCAGGGUCAACCUUGGGAGCGGCGAGUAAUCCCCCUGGAUGUCCAUCGUUGGCGUUCAUGUCAGGCUACUUUGUCGAAAACGUCACCUCGACGGAGAACGUCACCGCCAUGACGUGCAUCCAAGGAUUGGAAGAGGUGCGCGCCGAGACUACCUUCCUGGUGUCGCAAGACUCUGUUCAGAUCAAGUCAGAGCCGAGGGUAGAUGAGAGCUCCGCUCGGUGGCUGCAGGCGUUCAACAGCACGUAUUGGUUCACGGCAAGCAGCACCUUCGCCCCGUUCGACCGUGAGGCUCCGACUCUCCUCACCGACUAUUUCUACUCACAGGUCAACUACGGCCCUGAUGGCAUCCCCGCCGACGAGCUGACAGGCCCUGCAAACACCCAGCGCUUCAUCGACGCCACCCAACGCAUGUACCGUCGCUACAUGGCGCAGCUCAUCAAUGGCACCAUGCGGCGUAGUCUCAACCAGACCGAAGCCGCCUCUGCGCCCCAGUAUCAAGGGUCCGUCACGGGCGUCAACCGGUUGAGGCUCAAGCAAAACGCCACGUCGAAGCUGGUCCUCCAGAUCUUCCUCGGAAUCAUGCUCGCGUGCGGCAUAUUCGUGUACGGCGGGCGCAACAUGCGUCGGGUCCUCCCACGCUGUCCGUGGAGCAUUGCAGGCACCAUGAGCUUGCUCGCAGGCAGCGAGAUCAUCGACCGGAAGAUCAUCCCCGUCGGGGCGGAGUUCAUGAGCGACGAGGAGUUGAAGAAAGUGUUCGAAGGCUACGUGUUCAGUCUUGGGUGGUGGGAUACUACGACCGACGGAGUGAACAGUCCAGGAGGACAAAAACAACAGAGGUUUGGCAUUGACGUCGGCAAGGCUGAUGCAAGUGCAAAAACAUGAGCACCAUGAGUGUACAUGUACUCGUAGGUUUGGUACAAAAUCAUAAGAUUCCGAGAUUCACGACGCUUGAGAAAAGGACCAAAUAAGA